CUUUAGGUUGGCUUAUGGGACGUCCCAUGUUGGACUCCUGCAGGCGAAACUAAUGCAAAAAGUGCAAAAAAGUGACCACGAAUGAACAAAUAUUUAACUUCUCAAGCAACAUUUUUUGGUAGUUAAGCAUUUAUGCGUUAUGUUAAACUUUAAAAUGAUAUUAUUAUAAUCUGGGGGCGUGGUUUAGAAGCAAAACACCUCCCACCAUACGUGGCAACUGGCCUCCUGCCACAUCCCAUAAUGCCACCUCACAAGUUUCUAAGGAACAAAAAGUCCUUGUUUUACAAUCUAUGGGUAGAAUGGAUUAAAUCUAAAACAUUUCUUCCUACUUCUGAUUGUUGUAGCUACUUGUCGUGCAGAGAAAAAUGUAGUUUUUAGAUCUGAAUCGAAUCUCGAAACGCAAGAAAUGACACAAAAGGAUUAUUGUACAUGCCCUACAAAGAAAGAAAGAAAGAAAGAAAGAAAGAAAGAAAGCGUUAACGUUAAGCAAAAGUACAAUGAACAAGUGAAACCCGCAGUAAACAAAACGCUCGCAAUUCCAAUCCUGUCCGCUAGAGAGCGCCAAAGUAACGUCUACGUGUACUGCGUGUCCACCACGUCAUUUCGUCUUGAAUCAAAAUGAGAUAAUACAGGAAUUUUGCGAAAAAUUAAACCUGUGAAGAAAAGACUUCGUUUUUGAAUGAUUAAUAAAAUUUGCAUAUUAAUUUAGCAAAUUUCAGCCGGUGACACAUUUGUACACAUUCACAAACAUUAACUUAAGACAGCAAUUUCAAGUGAUUUGCCAUUUCAGGGACAAUUUUAUUGUAUUGAGACCUUUAGAUGGAAAUGUUUUAGAGUAGACACGAUGCCUCCCAAAGGCAUCAUCACUUUUUCCGAGCGUCGCAUGAAUGCAUCACGGCUGCACGCCCUGCCCCGGUGACAGCAGACACCGCCCGCCGCCAUCCAGGUGCUCACCUCGGGGGAGCUUCUUUCUGGACCUCCUUUGUUUUCGGAGCCUCUACCGAGCUGAGGAGGUGUACCACCACUGUGCUAUGCUUUGUCUCCAAGAACGACCACCUAAUGCCCCGAACCCCCUCCUCCUCCUGCCAGGAAAAAUGAAGAGGGAGCACGGUCCAAAAAUGAGGACGGCCACGUUCUGACUCGUCCGUGUCGCGUCCAAGCUGCAGUUGGAAAGCCUGCUAAGCAAGCAACCACCCGGGGCAAGUCUCCCGGACUUUGCGGCGCCAUGGCCGGGCUCAUCAAGAAGCAAAUCUUGAAGCAUCUCUCCAGGUUCGCCAAGAACCUGUCGCCCGACAAGAUCAACCUAAGCACGCUGAAGGGCGAAGGUCAGCUCACCAACCUGGAGCUGGACGAGGAGGUGCUCCAGAGCUUGCUAGAUCUUCCCACCUGGCUGGCCAUCAACCGCGUGUGCUGCAACAAGGCCGCCAUCCGCAUCCCCUGGACCAAGUUGAAGACUCACCCCAUUUCCCUGACACUUGAUAAAGUGGAAAUGGAAAUGAGCACUUGCGAUGAACCCCGCCCCCCAAACGGCCCCUCCCCUAUAGCGACGGCGUCGGGUCAGAGCGAGUACGGCUUUGCCGAGAAGGUGGUGGAGGGCAUGUCGCUGUCCAUCAACUCCAUCGUGAUCCGCAUCGGCGCCAAGGCCUUCAACGCCUCCUUCGAGCUCUCCCAGCUGCAGGUGUACAGCGUGGACAACAGCUGGAGCCUCAGCGACCUGCGCUCCACACGCAUUCAGGACCCUCAGCGGGGGGAGCUGCUGUCCUUCAAGGAGAUCAGCUGGCAGAUGAUCCGCAUCGAGGCCGACGCCAUCCAGAGCGCCGAGCACGACAUGCUGAGCGCGCCCAUCCGCCUCAUCACCAACCAGUCCAAGAUCCGAGUCACGCUCAAGCGACGCAUGAAGGACUGCAAUGUUGUGGCCUCCAAGCUGGUUCUGAUCCUGGACGACCUGCUGUGGGUGCUGACCGACUCGCAGCUCAAAGCCAUGGUGCAGUACGCCAAGUCCCUCAGCGAGGCUAUGGAGAAGUCGGCGCAGCAGAGGAAGAGCUUGGCCACCGAGGACCAGGCGUCGUCCGGGCUGCCCUCGACCCAGCAGGCGCGGCCGGCGCAGACAUUGGCGGCGGCCGACCAGAGCGCCACCAUGGCAAAGCUGUUCAGCGACCACGACGUGUGCGAGACGUCGCACCACCUGCAGAUCAAGCAUCUGGACCUGCACAUCUGCGACGACAUCCACGCCCCGGACAAAGUGAUCAAAAAGAGGAUGACAGGUGGGGCUAUGCAGCUGUCCUUCAGCUCCAUCACGCUGGACUACUACCCCUUCCACAAAGCAGGCGACAGCUGCAUGCACUGGAUGCACUACAGCGAGGCCACCAAAACUCGCGAGGAUUGGGCGCGGUGCCUCCUGGAUGAGUUCAAGUCCAACGUGGAGAUGCUGAAGAGUGCGGUGCGAGGCCAGCAGGGGGCGGCGCCCGCCCAAGGCUCACCCGGCAAGAUCAACACGUCGUCCACCUCGUCCUUCAGCGCGCUAACUCAGAGCCCCAAGACGCAGCUCAUGUCCAGCUCGGUGGUCCUCAGGAUGGCCGACUUCAGCAUCUACCAGGUUUCCAUGGCAGACCAGCGGCGGUCCAGCCCCAAGACCAUGAUCUCCUGCAACAAGAAGUCCUUGUACCUUCCUCCCGAGAUGGCGGCCAUCCACGUCGAGUUCACCGAGUAUUACUUCCCGGAUGGAAAAGACUACCCCAUCCCGUGUCCCAACCUGUACGCCCAGCUGAACGCCCUGCAACUGGUCUUGGACGCCCGCAGCCUGGUGUGGCUCAACCUCUUCGCUUUGGACCUGCGGCAGAGUCUGGAGCAGUUCAUGGAAAUCUACAAGCUCAGUGACUCGCAGAAGCCCGACGAGCACGUGGACAUCAAGGUGGACGGCCUCAUGCUGAAGCUGGUGAUCCCGGCCGAUCGGGACCCCUCGUGCCCGCCCGACCUUCCCCGCUCCGUCUCCGUGCAGACGUCGGAGAUGGUGGCCACCAACACCCGCCACCCGGCCAAUUGCACCCGCGCCCACCUGGAGGCGCUGCUGCAGGCCUUCCAGGGCAAAGAAUUCUUCUCGCCCUCCUACGUCUCCUUCCCCCGCUCGUCCUCCUCCCUGCCGCUCCUUCAUCCCGUUUUCCGCUACCACGCCCACGAGCAGGACACCCGCCUGCACGACAUCUACCGCGGCCUGGUGGCGCCCAGCAUGACGGCCGACGCCCUGAAGAUGCCGGCCGCCGCUGACUUCUGGGCGAUGCACUUUGCGCAGUUCUGGGUGGACUAUGAGGGCAAGGGGCGGCCGCAACCCUUCGUGGACUCCUUCCCCCUCACCGUGUGGGCCUGCCAACCCGCCAAGCUCCUCGCGCACCAGGAGAAACUGCGGGGAAUGUCCCGCAGCGCCUCCGCCGACUCCGCCGGGCGUAUGCAGAGGAAGCGGCUGCUGAAGGAGUUCUACAGCGCCGACGGCGCCCCCCCGCCGGCCCACAGUCCAUCCAACGGACUCCAUAAACCGCAAUCGUUGGACAGCUUGCCGCCUUCUCCUUUGGCGUCUUCAGGCAAAGAUGCUGAUGUCCACCUGCUGGUGCAGGUUAACAAGCAUCUCAGCGCUCAGGUGAGCCACCAGCAGUAUGUGUUCCUGAUGCGUCUGCAGCGCAGCAUCAAGGCCCUGCAGCAGACUUUGCAGCAGGACCUGGAAGACAUGGGGUGUCUGCGCAAGGCUCCACCCCAAGGUCCCGCCGACCACCGGCCCUUCACCGCCUGCCUGGGCCUGCUGCUCAAGAGCGCCGAGGUCUCCCUCCUCCUCAAGCCCGUCGCCCAGACCGAAGGCUCGGGAACUCCUCUCGGGUCGGAGCUGUCCCCCUCGGCGAGCGGAGGAACCUUGGAGCCGGCCGGCGACGUGGAGGCGAAAGGGACCGCCACGGCGGACGAAAUGCUGUGCGGCAACGUGCCCGAGGCUAAAACAUCUCGGGGGCCCGACCCUCUGGUCCCCACCACCGCCCCGGCGUCAAAUCACCAGUCCUCACACGAGGAGAGGACUUCCUCGGCCAAGAGCGCCGGGAGCCGGAGUUCCGGUGAAGGCGAGGAGAUGGUGGCCGAGGUUUUCGCCAGCGAGGACGAAAGCAAGCUUCAGGCAGGUGAGCCGCUUUGCGAGGACAAAGCUGCGGCCGCCAAGAUGACCCAGUCCACGUCCAGGAAAGGAAGUUUGUCUGUCGUUUCCGAUCUCCUCAGCUCCUCAUCUACCAGCAGAUCCUCCUCCCUUUAUUCCAUGUCCAACAUCGGGCGCCUGAUGCGCGACCGCUCGCAGUCCAGUUUCUCGGUGACCUACAAGAACAUGAAGAAGAGUCCGUCCCUGCAGUCUCUGGACAACAUCUCCAUCGACAGCUACCUGCUGGAGGACGGCGACGCCUGCAGCCUGACGGAAAGAGAUGACAUGUCCAUCUCUGGAUUCAAGGCCGCCGCCGACAGCGGCGCCGAGGUCGCCGCCCCCGCGCCAGUCCCGGAGCAGGAAGGAGGCGUGUCCCCCGACACCGUCAGCGCCGCCUCGCAAAGCAUCGACGACCCCUCCAAGGACAUUGUGUCGGUGCUGGUGCUGAAGGUGCACUCGGUGUGCGUGGCCAUGGAGGCGGUGGGCGAGAGCACGGCCGUGGCUCUGGAGGUGGACAAAGUCACGCCCGUCCAGUUGGGCAACGUCAGCUUGCGGCAGUACCUCAGCAGCCGCAGCCUGGGCCCGGCCAAAGUGCCCACGCCGUCCAAGGGGGCCCCCCACCGCCCGGAGGUGCGGGCCCGGCUGGAGAGCGGGCCUUGCGCCGCCGCCCGCUCUCCGCUGGCCGAGCGCAACGGCUUCCUGGAGUUGCGCCUGAGCGGCUACCGGGCCGGCCUGCUCAUGUCCACCUUGCGCAACCUGGCCCACUUCCUGGAGGACGACACGGCGCCGCAGGUGCUGCCCAUGGAGAUCAGCGUACGGGACACGCACAUAAACUUGAAGGACGACAGCCAGCGGGACAACCCGUCCGACUCGGAGCCCGUCACCCUGCAGGUGAACAGCCUGCUCAUCCGCCGACGUGACGACGGCGCCUUCUCCAUCGGAGCGGACCCCGAGGCCGAAAGGUCGACGACGGAUGGCGGCGCCCUGACCCCGGUCAGCGAGGUCGCCUUCGCGGAGGCCGCGCAGACCCCCGCCGGCCCGUCAAACCACGAACAAAUGCUGAUGGAAGAGAACGAUUGCCUGAAAGUGGAGCUGUCCCGGGCCAAAAUGGCGCUGGCCGAGGUUCAGAUGGAGAGGGACUCGCUGCUGCACAAAAUCAACAGCCUCAAGGUCAACACCAGCUAGCCGCUUACCGUGUGGAUAUUUCCUAACUUAAUAAUUCCUUCAUGAAGCAAUGCAGAGGAUGAAGAAAAGUUUUUUUUUAACAGCAAAAUGACGUGUGUGCGUGUCGUGAUGUGGACUUGGGCAACGGUUGAAUCCAAUCUUAAUGAAUGUUUCUGAGGAAUGUCACCGGGGAAAGAUCAAUUUUGCACAUCUUGCUCUUAUAUGUGUGUGUGUGUGUGUGUGUGUGUGUCCUCUUAGAAUGUGAGAGCUCUUUUGUACACAGAUCUGAACUGUUGCACAGUGUUGAAUGUGCGCGUCGGUGAGAACAAGCAUUUCAUUCCCCAGAUGAGUUUUUAUGGGUUGGGCCGCUUCCCAGCUAUUUUUCUAGUAAAAAUGUACAGCGUGUACUCCCGUUCAGCUUCGCUCCAUUGCUCUUUGUGCAUCUUUCUGCCCGCGUGGUCGUCCGCCAUCUUGAUUGAGCUGUGCAAAGGGAGAUGAGCUUGUCAUAUUUUGUCUGUCAACGCUGCUGAAUUGCAGAUUAAAACGAGCAAAAAAAAUAAAUAAUCUAAUGCGAAAGUAAGAAAACCA